CGGCUUACGUGUGGGUUGCGGAUUUGUAGAACGGCGCAACGUCUCUCUAACAUCUUUCCAGACCACAUGCCCUUGAUAUUACUCGGCUAAAACUCGAAGCCUCGCGAAUGAUUAUUUCACAAUGGCUCCGACAGAGCCGACACAGCAGUUAAAUACUGGUGCUAAGAAAAAGAAUAACAAGAAAAAGAAGAACCACGCAAAGCCGAAACCGGUCGAAGACGGAGGCAAGGCUCCAGAAACAGCCCCGGAUGGAGAACAACCCGAGGAUGACGGCAAUGGGUCCGACGAUCUGGAUACGGCCAUACCAGAGGAUACGGUGCAGGAACCUGUGAAUGGCCAUGCCGCAUCACCAACUACCAAUGGCCAUUCCGCUCAAGAAUCGAGUACGACAGAAACGACCGAAUCCACAGAUACAAGCGCCCGACUUGAUGCCAUAACACAAGAACGGGAGGCUUUGAGAGCGGAGGUAGAACAACUACGGAAGCAAUUAGAGAGUAUACAAGAAACGCAUACGCAAGAAACGAGCCAGCUCAAAACAGAAUUAGAAGAAUCCGAGGCAGCGAAAGAGCAAGUCGAGGAACAAUAUCAAUCGCUCGUAGAGAGGGUAGAGAAGAUUAAAGAAAAUGUCGGUAAUCGAUUGGCAAGAGGGAAAGAGGAAUUAGAAGAAGCAAACCAGCGUAUUGAAGAGCUUGAAACCCAAAAUGAAGAUCUCCAGAAGAGCGCACAAAACUCGGAGGACGAGAUCGAGAAGCUAAGAACCGAACUACAAGAUGCCACGAGGGAACUAUCCAGUUUGCGAAGUCGCAAUAACCUUUCACAACACAACUCCUUAAAGGAAAAGGAGGAUAUGCUAAAACAAAUCCAGCACCUAAGAGAAGAGGCGGAGGCGGCAAAAGAUGCAAUGGGUGACUGGGAAGUUUUAGCAAUGGAAGAGCGAUCAAUUAGAGAGAGCUUAGCCGAGAAAGCAGCGGCGCUUGAGGAGCAACUUUCGACACUGAGAGAAAGCUACGAGCGAGCUGCUUCUGAAAGAGACGGCCAAUCGCAAGCUGUCGACAGUCUCCAAAGAGCGCUACAAGAGAUACAGGAAGCUCGUAAGAAGGAGUUACGAGAGAUGGUCGAGACAUCCGAGGAGCAGCUCCAAGCACUCAAGAAGUUAGUUCUCGAAGCCGAUACAAGAGCUACUGAAGCAGAGAAGGUCAAGGAAUCGCUGCAAAAAGAGCUAGAGCGGACGGCGCCAUUCGAGAAGGAGGUGAAGGAAAAGAACCUCCUUAUCGGAAAGUUGAGGCAUGAAGCUAUCGUCCUCAACGACCAUCUGACGAAAGCCCUUCGGUACCUCAAGAAGACUAAACCCGAGGAUAGCAUCGAUAGGCAAAUUGUUACGAACCACUUCCUCCAAUUCCUCGCCUUAGAUCGUUCCGACCCCAAAAAAUUCCAAAUCCUCCAAAUUAUUGCUGGUCUUCUUAAUUGGACAGACGAGCAGAGAGAACAGGCCGGACUAGCCCGGCCAGGAACUUCCACUAAUAGCCUUCGUCUCCCGAGUUCUCCGUUCCACAGGACGCCUAGCACGCCGUCCCUGACCGCGGAUUUCUUCUCGGAGCCGACGCCAACCUCGACCACGAAGGAGUCCCUCGCGGAUCUGUGGGCCGGGUUUUUGGAAAGGAGCGUAGAAGAGGCCUCGCAAACGGGCGGGUCGAGGAAAGGUAGCAUGUCGAGCUCAGCCGGCGCGACGAGGCCAGAUACGAGAAGUGGUAAUUAAUAUCGGGUAGUAGAGGCCCCAAAGCUCUGUAGAUCUAACUUACCUGUGUACACAAUUGCUUCGUUCAUUCCGUUGUUUUCGAGCACGAUUACCUGUGAUAAAAGAUAAGCAAGGCAUUACAAUCAUCUCGCGGCGUUUUUGUCGGUGUCGGGUACUGGUGGGAUCUAAGGGGUUGGGCGAAGUGUAGGAUGGCUUGAGAUAGUUGAUAGGAUCACUACUUAGGCUAUGGAAGUGAUUGCAUUUGGGAACUCACUAAACAUUGAUUCUUCGUUUAC